GGGGUACGCAGGAGGUGAGCCGGCGAGUGCUGUCAGGGAGCCGCUGUCCCCGCUCGUCCCUGAGCCGCGUUCUCCUGUCUCCUCCCUCUUCCUGCCCCGCGGGAGGUCGCCUGGGGCUGAGAUAAUGGCAUUUCCUGUGGAUAUGUUGAAUGGCUACACUCAUGAAGACUUGGAGAGCUCUGCAGAGGACUACUUGUCUGAACUUCGGUGUGGGGAUCCAAAUCAGCCUGAAUUCUUAUCCCUGUCAGACCACAGGAAAAUUCCUAUUAGCUUGUCAACUGUGGGCUUCGUUCCUCUUUAUGGUGGAGAGCAGACACACAAAGUUCUUGCUUUGUUUGCACCAGAGGACUCUCUCACAGCUGUAGCCCUGUUUCUUGCUUACCAGUGGUGGUCAAUUGAUGACGUUUUGAGAACAUCUGUUUCUUCUAGAGAGGGGCUUCAGCAGGUGAAUUCUGUGGGGGAAAGGGUAGUUCUGUAUGUUCUGAAUCGAAUUAUCUAUCGCAAAAAUGAAAUGGAGAGAAACGAGACGCCAUUCCUUUGUCACAGCAGUGAUGACUAUGCUAAGAUCAUGUGGAGAAAAGGAGAGGCUGUUGGGUUCUAUUCUGUUAAACCUGCAGGAGCUGCUUUAAGCCCAUACCAUACCCACUGUUACCAGCUACCAGUGCUAGACACAAUGUUUGUAAGAAAGAAGUGUCGUGGGAAAGACUUGGGGCUAAUGAUGUUAGAAGACUUUGUGGAAUCUUUUACUGAAACCACUCUUGGUCUACGGUAUCCACUGUCAUCUUUCAUGUACAAAGCUUGUAAGCACUAUUUUGAGAAGUACCCUGGGGAUAAUGACCUUUUGUUUGAAGUGGAAGGAGCUGGAUUUUGGUUCCAGAGAAAAUCCAUUGCCAGUGUAUUGCAAAGGGAAGAACUCAUAAAGGGCUCUCAGAAGGCAAAUGUGAGUUUCCAGACAGCAGAUCAUUUUUGGCAAUCUGCAGCAAAUGAACUGAAGACUGAGCCAGAAACGCAGCUAAGUGCUGACUCUCAAAAGGACCAAGAAUCAUCAGAUGACCAUGCAAGCACAUCUGAAGACCUGAGCAUAGCACAGGUUUCCAUUCGGACACGGAGCAGUCAUUUAAAACGUGCCAAGACGGGAAAAAAUUGCCAGGAUUCUGGACCUGAAAUAUCCCAAGGAGAUGAGGAAAAUUCUCCUCACACUUCAACAGGCAGGCCAGAACUUCCCACUCACACAUCUAAAUGCUUUGAAGUCAUUGAGGAAGAACCUGAGGUUGAUGUUGAAAGUGGUGAGGAAAUGAUCACUUCAGAAGAGGACCAGAGUGUAUUAGAAACUGAGGUGCAUACAUCACCAUCUGAGAAGUUGACUGAGAUGGAGGGAACUCCAUCUGAAUCUCUGAAUGGGGAAGUAGCAGAAGAAACUUCUAAGACUGUAGUUAUGGCUGAAGAGGAAGCUGCAAAUGAAGUCCUAGAUGGUGAAUCAAAGUUGCAGUCUGAGAGUCAAGAAGAACCCUUAACACUGCUUGUUCCAUUAAUCCUUGAGUCUCCCACAAAACCUGCGGAAGAGGCUGUGUCAGAGAAGGUUUUAAAUGCAAAUGAUUCAGAAGGACUGACUGAAGAAAGUGCAUCAGUGGAAAAGAAGGGUAUUGAGGAAGACAAGCAAGAAUCUGAAGAAAAAAAGUCAUCCACUGAAAACGUAGUUGCUUUAACACCAAAGGAAGAACUCUCAAACAAUGGCUUCCCAAACUCUAUUAAAAGUGAAGCAGUAGAAGAAGCUGUUUCUGAAAAUGUGGUGCACAAACCAGCUUCCUCAGUAGAAGACCAAAGUGAGGAGGCAGAGCAGAACUCGCAGGAGGCUUCUGUUGCUUUGGGUCAGAGCUCUUUGAUAGUGGUUGAACUGGAGGGUGUUUCUUUCCAGCAGCCUUCUGGACAGGAAGGACAGAAGAAACAGACAGAAGAGCACUUGGAGGAGUCUGCUGAGCAGACAGAGCAGUACACGCAGACAGCAGCAGAGCGGGCAGCUGACAGCAGCUCUGAGGAGGCAGAAAUUGAGGUGCCCAUUGUGGAUCGGAGAAACCUGCGAAGGAAGGCUAAAGGUUACAAAGGUCCACCCAAGAAAAAAGGAAAGCCAGCUUAAAAUAAGUUGUUAAUUCAUCUAUUUGUACAAAAAAAAAAAAAAACUGUUGUGUGAAACACUAGGGUGUAACUAAACCAUAUACGACACAGGACAUUUAAAGUAAAUACUGGGUUGGACUUCCUUUUGAGAGUCAUCACUUUUGCUCAGUAUUUCUUAAAUUUUUAACCAGUAGACAUUGAUCUUCAGAGUAUGAAAAUAAACAGCCAGUCUCCUCCUUUUAUAAAGGAUACAUGCUAAAUAAAGUUGUGCUAGCAAAGGAACAGUUUGCAUAUUUCAGGUGUCAGUCUUGGAAGGAAAAAAUGAAGUGCGAAAUUCUGGCUUUAUUAAAGUUACUAAAAUUUCAUAGACUUCCAUGAGGCCAUUUAUCACAAGUUAUUUUAAAAAAUUUUUAAACAUUUGAGUGCUGCAUCUCUCCACAGUAGAGAAUGAGAAACAUCCCUCCUCUCUUCUUGUUAACUCCCCACAGGCUCUUGCAGAUGAGAUUAAAAGAAUGUCAUAUUGUAAUUCUAGGUCUCAAAAUAUACAGGAAGUUAGAACUCUGUAGAUUAAAACAACAUAGCAUCUGUCUUCCACUAGAGUCAAACUGGAGAGAAUGGCUCUGCUUCUGAAUCCCAAACUAGCAAAUUUGAUUUGCUAAUCACUUGAAACAGCUGAGUUACCAGUAACAAAAUCAGCACAGCAUCUACCAUAGCACACGCCUAAAAUGAAGUUCUUUAUGUGGGAAGAUUUAGAGAUUAGAGAUUUAGAGAUUUACACAGUAAACUAUAUCUGUAGCUUCCAAAAUGAGUGUCCUGUUAAGCCUGAGUUUCUCCAGAAUGUAUGGAGUGAGGACUCCAGUACAUUUACAAAAUGGUUUGAACAGCCUUUCUAACUACUUGCAUGUACUGAACGAAUGCUUCCUUACUUGUUAUGUUACGGGACAAGACAAUUUUUGAUCUAGUAUUGGUCUGAUUGGAAGUGGUGCUUUGUGUUUUCCAGAUAAUUACCUGAUGCUGUUAAAAUGUUGUAGCUGCCAGGUGUGUGACUCCUGUGAACUCUGGCAUUUCGGGUGAUUGUGACAUUCAUUAGUGUCAAAAUAUUAGUGAAUGUUUCAGUGAAUGCUUUUUUUUCCCCCAAAACUUCUAUGCCUUUAGGAGUUAUCAGGAGACUGUUGAAAUUAUUUGUGAUUCCCACUUCCUUUUUGUAAAUUGAGUGUAAUUUCUGGGCUGAUAGUGUCCCAGUUCAUAGCUCCUACUAAAAGCAGGAACUAAACCUUUCUAUGUACAAGUAGAGAUACAAACAGACUGCUAUGCAUAUUUACUUUCAGAAAUUCUCCUAGCAAAGCAUAUAUUUAAGACAAUUUGUCAGGUUUACAUUGAGUUACUCCUUAAUUUGCAAUACAUUUAUUUCAGCAAAUGAAAUUCCUCUUGUAAAGAGCUGAAAAGUCAGGAAUAAGAAAGAACAGUGGUUCUGGUAACAGGAAAUCACACAGCUAUUUAAUCUUAGAUUAGUGAACUAGUGUCCUACUGUGUCUUGAAAGUGCUGGGCUUCUGAAAAUUGCUGUUCAGGUUCACUUGAAUAGUUGCAAUGCUGUCUUAAUUUUUGUCCCUCUGUGAAGCUAAAGUAAGAAUCUAUUUUAUGCCUAUAGUUUAAGCGUAUUUAUAAAGUAUUUUAACUGUAUAAGAUGUAUUCUUACUAUUUAUUUCACCUGUUGAAGUACAAUCCUAUUUUUAAUCUGAUAAAAAAAAAAAAGCUUACGUGGAAGGUGGUGUUUUUGUUCUUGUUAGACACGUUUGAAUCAAAACUUUAUGUAAUACUUUAGACUUCAGAGUGGAUGGGAUAACUGAGUUUCUUGGAUAUUAAGCAUAGUUGCAACUUCCUGUCAGUGUGUAGUUACUUAUGAACCCUGUGACUGAUAGAUGUUCAGGAUCUUUUAUGAUUGAUUGUAAACACAUUCAAGUGAACCUUAAGAAUUCCUGAAACUAAACAUUUUCUAUAAGGCACAUGGGGCAAAACUUGUUACCGACAGUAUAAUUUGUCUUAUAAUGCUAAGUUACUGUAAAAAACAAAAGAAAACAAAAAAAAAACCCCACAAACACACACACACAGACACGCACACACAAAAUCUGUAACACAUCUGUUACGUUAAGGAUGGAAUCUGAGGGCUGAUGGUUUAAGAAAUUCUGAUUGUAUACACUUUAUACUGAUUCACGUUCCAUUUGUUAGAGCAAGCUUUACUAAGUACUAAUCUGUUAAAUACUUCAAUUGGUACAAAUGGAUUCACACUCAAGAAUUCUGUUGUUCACAAACAAGUGAGAGCCACUUAUUUCCUCUAGGUGGAUUUUUUUUUUUUUAAUGCAUAUUUUUGUCACUUGUAUUUCCCUGUAAGGUUGGAAAACCCUUUGUGGGAAGGAUAUUUAACUUCUGAUAUUUCUUUUCAUGGCUAAGUUGGGACUAGUUUCAAUUAGUUUCUUACUCUUAGGGCGUUUGUGUAUUGAAUGCAGGAAAACCUACAACAGAAUUAUUAAAUGAGGUCAGUCUUGGUUUCUGCUGAAAACAGUCAGGCAUCUGAUCAAAUUCCAGAGAGUUUCGAAAUACUGAGCUAAAGUUCGUGUCUUUAGGUGUACUCUUGAGUAGCUAGCUCUGGUUGUCUGGGGUACCUGAGAUAGUAGCCCAUGGCCAGAUUGUUAUCUACCUGUUGUUGGCAGUUGUGUUGCAAUUAGCAGUUCUAGUAAGCAAUAUGGUCUUGAAACCUAGAUAUAGUUCUUAACUGUGGUCACAGCAGUACUGCGAGCUAGAAUGGAGUUUAUUUCACUAAUAACUUUUUGGGCAUCAGUCAUCUUGCAGUAAAUAUUGAGUAGCCAAAUCAAACUACCGAUUUAAAUAAUAGUUUGUAUUGUUGUGCUGAUUGUCCAAUUGGAACAGUAGUUUAAUAGUCUACACCUUCUGUUGCAUUAAAGCAAGGGAACUUACCUGACAACUGUACUGACUGAAAUGUUUUAGCUUGGGGAAGAACGGUGCUUGGACACUUUUUCUUUGGUUGGUUCACUGUCUGGCUUACUACCACUGAACUGCUGAAGAAUUUAAGAUCUUACCACACCAGCAACCAGUGAUUAAAACAUCAAGUUCAUUUGUUUGUACCAAAAUACUGUUACAAUAUGCUGUGGAUCUACGCGUGUAUGAUGAAAGCGAGCAGUAUUAUUUUUGAGCUUUAUUUAGCCUGGGAAUGGAGUUUAAGGAAUCUUUAUUUGUGACUUCCACCUUGCACUGAAAUAGUAAAUGGUUUCGUGUUUGAAUGCAUCGCUUGUUAAAAUGUUUCUCUUGUACUGCUUCUUAAUUUUUAACAGAACUUGCUUUGUUUCUCAGUUUCUUUUGGUUUCUUCAUUUCAUGCAGAAUUCCUGUUUUCCGUUCUCAUGUUCCAUACCCCUUUCCAUAAAAAUAGAUAUUUAUUCCAGUUUGGUUUUAGUUUGUUUUAAACAACUCAUGCUUUGUUUGUCGGUGUACUUCUUUUCCAUUUCAUUUGUGGGUGUCAGUAAUCAAAUCGAUCACUUAGAACUUAUCAACACUACUAGGAUGAAAACAGCAAUAAAUAGACCUAAGUUUCAUCCUCUCCUCGAGUGAGCAUUAAAAAAUAUUAUUACCAAGGGGAUACACUUCUAUAUUUAUUUUCACAAACGUGGUGUUAGAUGUUUUUUAAACUAGUGUUUAUAAAUCCUAUGAAAGAUGUGAUGCUGUUCUAGAGUACUGUACUUAGAGCUAGGUUAGUGUGUUCUGAAUUUUCCUUUCUUUGUAUUGUCUUGACUGCUUCUGAAAUGUUUUGAAACAGUAAUUAAACUUAUUUUGUGAUUUAUUUU